AUGGUUGAGGCUGGCUUGCUGUAUCCGAUUCCCGGGGUCAGCAAGCUCCACAGCCGCCGUGGACUUGAUAUCAAGAUUCAGAAGAAAACCAGAUCUUCCGGCUGGACAGUCCUAGCGCUGGUGAGCACGGUGAACGGGAUUUGCAAUUCUCUCAUACCUCCCACAUGGCUAGUUGUAUACCCGGUAUUGCUUCUCGCCGCCAGACUUGCUCCGAGAAACAUGACCAUAUCCUCUGGCAAAGUUGCCACCUCGAAGAAGCGAGACUGCGGGACCCUUGCUGGUCAUUUCUGUACUAUGCAGGCUAUCAUCAUGGCGCUGCAGCAACGUGUCUGGGAAUAUUUCUUUUGGACAGUCGAUAUUUGGGUCCCUUGA